UCAAGGAAAACGAGUGAUUGAACAGAGAAAGAAUCAUUGCGUAGAGCUUGAAAAAAGAUUAAGAAUCUGACGAAGAUGGCAGGCUGGAUUAGUUUUUUUCUAGUUGCCACCGCAUCGAUAAUCGCGAUAGCAGAAUCUAGGGUGAUUCCUGAUAAGCCUACUUCCGUCAUGAUAGACCCCAAAAGCAGCCCUACACCAUUCUUGAGAGAAAAGAGAACAGUCGCCCGCCCAUAUCCGCACAGGGCGAUGAUGUUCACCGGAUAUUACAGGCCGAUACGUCGCUCGGGUAACGACGAUCAUGCAACGGGCCUCUUCGCGCAAGGAAACGCCGUAAGCGGCCAGACCUUCUUCAGCGGUAUGCACGCACCUCAUCUCAAGGAUGGUCCGGAGCCGAUCGAGGAACCGGAAGUGUCCAACGCUCAGGCGCAGGCGGCGCCAGCAUCCGACGAGGAACAUUAUCAUCAUAAUCAUCAUCAGAAUAAAGUGCAUCGUCACGAGGAGGAGCAAUAUCACGAGCAUCACCAUCACGAAGAGGAAAAGCAUAACCAUCAUCAUCAGGAUUCUUCUACCUCUCAGGAACACCACGAGCCGGAACAGAUUCCGCUAACCACAGAGAUCCCGCAAUCAGCGGAAGAACCGAUUGCGACAAGCACGGAAGUGUCCGUUACUCGACCAAAGGUGCAUCAUGCGAAGAAGACGCACAAGACACCCGUCACUGACGAUGCCGAUGAAGAUGAAGACGAGGAAGACUAUGAUGACGACCAGCCGGCCAUACCGUUUGUACCUUUCAAGGGCAACCGACGUCGCCAAGGGUUUCCUCAUUUGAACAAUUUUUUCCCCAUGAUCUUCAGCUUUCCUAGAGUGGCCACUCGUGCUGGAUCCUCCGGUUCCCCUGGUACCAUCACGGCCAUCGCGAAUAGUUAUUCUACCGGAAAGGGUGGAAUGGCUAGCUCGGUGGCCACUGCAUACGGCGGAUCUCCUAUGGGGAUCGCAAUCCUUGCGCUUGUUGCGCUACUCGUCGCAGUUGCAGUCGCAUUGCCGACGACUGCUUUGCAAUCUCAAGGUAAACCUGAAAAAAAACGUGCAACUUGCAUAGAUUUAUAUCGAAUUACAAUGCUCAUCCUCGAAUUAAGUAAAAACCACUGUAACUUUUUAAAUUUAAUAGACGAAGAGGCUUCUAUAAAUAUGCCAGAGCAACUAAAAGAGCUAAUUACAUCGUAUGAAAAAAACUUUGCAAAGCUCAUUAACUCUGCCAUAAAAAUAAGCAGAGAUAAGGACAAUAAUAAACGAGAGAUACAAUUUUUGAAUGAAUUAAGCUCGCUUAUUGAUCAACUUACUCGAGAACAAUCAAAAAUGAGAAAUAUGUAUGCUAAACUUGAUAAUGAUACAAAUUAUAUCUUGCAAACACUGAAUAACAAAUCGACGAUAACAAGCGUGAAUAAUGUAAAAGAUUUAAUCGAUUAUAUGAAAGAGAUUGAUAUCGUCUAUCAGGAUGGAGAUAUUACUGAUGAACAUAUCCGGAUUAAACGUGCUGCUGAGGGAUACAAAGAAACUAGGUCCUUCGCAAUGUUAGAGGAAAUGAUUAAUACGCUCAUUGAUAUCCAACAUCAUUUGAUGCAAAUUCAAAAAUGCUUAGACAAACUAUGCAAGGUCGAGUUAGACAAUCUCUGCAAAUUUUACAAGAAGUUAACUACCAAUUCCAAUCAACAACAAGUUGAACGAUCGAUAUUCAUCGGUAGAAGGCCACAAUCGAGGCCAGCUGUCGAGGGAAUUGAUAGAAAUAUUUUUCGAGAACUCCUCCACAAUACAUUUCACGUAAUCACGGAGGACACUUUGGUAGAGCGUUUAUUCUGCUGCUGGGACCGAGAGAUCGAGGGCGUUAUUCGAUUAGAGCCUUGGAUCAUGGGACUCGACGUGUUUUUGCGAGGCAAUCUGCGUGACAAAAUCACUUUCUGUUUUCGUGUAUACGAUCUGAACAACGAUGGAUAUAUCACAAAGGAUGAAAUCUUCCAAUUACUUAAAAAUUGUCUGAUAAAACAGCCUGGCGAAGAGGAUCCAGACGAAGGAGUGAAAGAUUUAUCAGAACUAGCUUUAAAGAAGCUCGACGUCGAUCACGAUGGCAAAAUAUCUUUCCGUGAUUAUGAAAUAGCGAUUAAAGAAGAACCGUUAUUACUAGAGGCGUUCGGACAAUGUUUGCCUACGGAAGAAAGCUGCUCAGCCUUUCUGGCGACUCUUCAACCCUGAAGAUACGCACAAAAUCACCCUCUCUAGAUUUCUAUAAUAAAUACGUUUUAUUAACAAUAUGAGACAUUUUUAACAGUCUCGACAUUAGUCACUCUCUUAUAAGAUAUGAAAAUUGUGUCAUAUUAUAUUUUUUCUCUAAAAAAUUUCUUUUAUUAUUACAUUUUAUUAUUUAAAGUAAUAUUUAUGGAUAUACGAACAAUUGCUAUACAUAAAAGCAAAUCGUUUAAUUAAAUUCUUGUAUGUAUAAUAGAAAAUGUGCAAAUACAUGCAAUUGCCGUGACGUUGAAAUGCUUAUUAUAUUUUCGCCGCUCAUCUUGGGAGCUUGUUUUCGUAAUUAAUAAUCAAAGGUUAUUUAAGGAAUCAUGCCACGAAAUCAUUUCUGUGUAGUCAAAUACUGCUCAAUAAAUGUUAUUUUAAUUAU